AGAGGCAUAAACAGCCGCCCUGCGCCCCGCCGCCCCGCCGACUCGACGCCUCUCCGCUCCGCACCGCAGCUCGAAGCGCUCACCGCGGCUCACUCAGGUCCACAGCAGUCCGUCUCGUCCCCGACCACAACCCACGCGUCCAGGCAGGAUGGCAGCGCACCACCCAGAGUUCGAGCGGGCCGGACAGAAGCCGGGCCUCCAGGUGUGGAGGGUGGAGAACUUUGACCUGGUGCCCGUUCCCGAGGCGCUGUACGGGGGAUUUUACACCGGAGACGCCUACCUCAUCCUCAACACCAUCAAACAACGCUCCGGGAACCUGCAGUACGACCUCCACUUCUGGUUGGGUGAUUUCUGCACCCAGGAUGAGAGCGGCUCGGCCGCCAUCUUUACGGUCCAAAUGGACGACUUCUUGGGGGGGAAACCCAUCCAGUACCGCGAGGUUCAGGGUCACGAGUCCAAAACCUUUCUGGGCUACUUCAAGUCUGGAAUCAAAUACAUGAAAGGGGGCGUGGCGUCUGGGUUCAAGCACGUCGUCACUAACGAGGUGGUUGUGCAGCGGGUGCUCCAGGUCAAAGGUCGCCGUGUUGUCCGGGCAACAGAGGUGGCGGUCAGCUGGGACAGCUUCAACCAGGGAGACUGCUUCAUCCUGGACCUGGGAGAUGAGAUUUACCAGUGGUGUGGCUCCGAGAGCAACCGCUUUGAGAAGCUGAAGGCUACUCAGGUUGCUAAGGGUAUCCGUGACAACGAGCGCAGUGGGAGGGCCAGGGUGUAUGUCUGUGACGAGGGCUUGGAGAGGGAGAAGAUGUUGGAGGUGUUAGGGCCUAAACCAGAUCUGCCCGCCGGAGCCUCAGAUGACAUCAAAGCGGAUGCUUCAAACAGGAAGAGGGCCAAACUCUACAAGGUGUCCAAUGCCAGCGGGGGCAUGACAAUCACGCUGGUGGCAGCGGAGAACCCGUUCGCCCAGAGCGCCCUGGAGUCCGGCGACUGCUUCAUUCUGGACCACGGCACCGAUGGAAAGAUCUUCGUCUGGAAAGGCAAAGACGCCAACAUGGAUGAGCGAAAGGCGGCGAUGAAAGCAGCAGACGAGUUCAUCAAGAAGAUGGGCUACCCCAAACACACUCAGGUCCAGAUCCUGCCGGAGAUGGGCGAGACGCCGCUCUUCAAGCAGUUCUUCAAAAACUGGCGGGACAAAGAUCAGACAGAGGGCCUGGGCGUGGCGUACAUCGCCAACAGCAUCGCCAAGAUCGAGAAGGUGCCCUUCGACGCCGCCACCCUGCACGACUCGGCCGCCAUGGCCGCCCAGCACGGCAUGGUGGAUGACGGCAGCGGAGAGAAACAGAUCUGGCGCAUUGAGGGUUCCGACAAGGUGCCGGUGGAUCCGUCCACAUACGGACAGUUCUACGGAGGAGACAGCUACAUCAUCCUCUACAACUACCAUCAUGGAGGACGUCAGGGACACAUUAUCUACAUGUGGCAGGGCGUGGACUCCAGUCAGGAUGAAAUCGGGGCCUCUGCGAUCCUGGGGGCCCAGCUGGAUGAAGAGCUCGGCGGCGGGCCCGUGCAGGUGAGGGUGGUGCAGGGGAAGGAGCCGGCCCAUCUGAUGAGUCUGUUUGGAGGACAGCCCAUGGUGGUGUACAAGGGAGGAACGUCCAGAGAAGGAGGUCAGUCCGCUCCCGCAGAGACUCGACUCUUCCAGGUGCGCUCCAACUCUGCGGGACACACCAGAGCCGUGGAGCUCGACGCAGCGUCGUCCCAGCUGAACUCCAACGAUGUGUUUGUUCUGGUGACCCCCGGAGGCUCCUUCCAGUGGGUGGGAGUGGGUGCCAGCGACACCGAGAAGCAGGGAGCUCAGCAGCUGUGCGCCAUCCUGGGAGUGUCGGCCUCUGAGCUGGCCGAGGGAGGAGAGACUGAUCAGUUCUGGGAGGCUCUGGGAGGAAAGACAGAAUAUCGCACUUCUACCAGACUCAAGGACAAGAUGGACGCUCAUCCACCCAGACUCUUCGCCUGCUCCAAUAAGACUGGAAACUUCAUUAUUGAGGAGGUGCCCGGGGAGAUGACCCAAGAGGACCUCGCCACUGAUGAUGUCAUGAUCCUCGACACCUGGGAGCAGGUGUUCGUCUGGAUCGGAAAUGAGUCUCAAGACGAAGAGAAGACUGAAGCAAUGGCGUCUGCGGUCCGCUACAUCGAGACGGAUCCGGCCAACAGAGACCGCAGGACGCCCAUCGUCAAGGUCAAGCAGGGCUUCGAGCCGCCCACCUUCACCGGCUGGUUCCUGGGCUGGGACCACGACUACUGGACCAGCGACCCCCUGGAGCGCGCUAUGGCUCAACUGGCCCUGUGAGAUCUCACCUGACCCUCCUUCCCUCACUAUCAGCCCUGACCUUUGACCCCGACCCCGCUCUGCUGCAAGCACUGAGCUCCAAUCAUAAGACUUUUAUACCUGCCAAAACACCCUGAAGACGAGAGGGGUUUCUUUUUUACUUUUUGUUGUGAUUUUAAAGGAUGCAGGUCACUGAAGCAGUGUUUUAAUUCACUCCGUCUCACGUGCUACAGUGAUGCCUUUACACCAGUUAUGAAACCAACCAAUACAGCUUUAAUAGAUACACAGGCUUCCCAUAGGUUUUUGCACUUAAUAUAGUCUGCUAUUAAGACUUUUACUGUAACCAAUUUUUCUCAUUUAUUUUAUAUGUUGACAAUAAAACCUGUUCACUAGUGAAAUGUGAUGAAAACAAACAGUCGUAGUGUGCUAAACAUUGGGAAACUCACUGCCAAGAAUAACACCGUUUAUAAAAAGCAAUACAACCAAUGCCUUAAUAUUUUCUUUUAGGUUACUGUAAGCCUGCUUUUUUAAGAAGGUACUGUUCUAGUUUAACUAUGACUUUAUAGGUAAAUUGUUUGUACCUUAAACCUAGAUGCCUCUUAUAAUAUUUAUUUUGGAGAAAAUGCCACAGAUUCAUGCCCAGGAAGCUUAUGCGAUGCUGCAGUGGCCAACUUUAAAUGGGAAACUGACGCUUUGCUGCUUUACAAACCAGUUACAUCUUGUGUGACUCUCUCUGAGGUUUCCCUAAGCCUUGUUAUCAUUUCAAUAAAACCAAAUGAAACAUGUGUCGCGCUUUG